AUGUCUUCCAGUGAUGCGGAUUGCAUAACCGCCAGUACCGUUCUUCCAGACACCAGUCUGAGCCAGUUUGGUGAAAAUAGAAGUGAAUCCCACUCGACCACCACUACUACUACCGGUCGCGCCUCGUCCACAUCUACUUCUGGCACAGAAGAGUUUGCCACGCGUUCCAAGCCAAAAAAACCACGAUCUCUUUUCCCGUCUAAAUUCGGCUCUAGACCACAGACGCCUGUGGCAUCCACGGUAACCAAGCCUUGGGCUAGUCUCUCGUUCUGGGAAGAAACGAGGCACGUUGGACAGAGUUGGUUCAGUUUAACCGGUCCAGUGGUUCGUGUUGUUUACGACGUUGAUGAUAGUGAAGACCGGGACUUUUCCAACCCUCUCACGGGUCAUUUGAAAUCCCAUUCAGUCCAAACAACUUUUCGACGUCGUCGUCGAGGAAUUUCCGUCCGUGGGAGUACGGGAUCCAGCACGCAUUUUAUUCGUCUUUCACGUCUUGUCAAUCGAAGUCGAUGUGCUUCAUCUUCAUCAAAGCUGAACAACAGUUCUUGGGUUCAACCAUCCCAUUUGUCCCAGUGUACAGCCUGCUCAGACCGAUCACAACCAACUAGAGAAAAACUAAUCAAUAAUACUCAGGGUAGACGUUUUUCCACUUCCUCUUUGAACGCUUGGUCAUCAUCCACCUCGCCCACGAAACGUAGUUCGAGCUGGCGCCAGUGUUAUCGUCUCGGCAGCCAAGGAAUUGUGUUUCACGUCACCGCUGCCGGACGUGUGUGGAUAGAUAACCAAACUUUGGCUGCCAACUUACCCUUAUUUGUUUCCUCUUCGUUUUUCAUUCGGAACUCUACCUCAUCCCUUUCUGAUUGGCCCGUGUAUCGUGUACCGGCUGGGUGCUCAAUUCUCGUGUUCGAUCAAAUAGCCUAUCAGAAUGCACGACCAGGAGCACCAAAUAAUCUGAGCAAGGAUCAGCCAGCCAGUCAGGACCGGGCCUUGCCACUUCGUGAUUGCACCCAAAACGCGCCAGUUGUGCAUAUUAGCCUAGGCAAAGGUUGGGGCCCAACCUACCGACGUCCGGAUUUGACGCAUUGUCCAGCACGCCUCGAGCUCUGGAUUAAUGUUGAGCAUUUGUGUAAAGUUGCCACAAGUCAUGCACGUUCCACCUGA